CUCAUUUUCCAGCAAUGGUGAAUAUGGUAGAAUCAUUAGCAAGUGAAUUGGCUAAGUCAAUUCAAUACAAUGACACAAUGAUUGAGAAGCUCAAGUCUUUGAUUGAUGAUGAUGAUUAUGAUCAAUGUCAUAAACAUCGAGAAAUUUUGAAAGUAAAGUUUAAUCAGUUACUUAUUCAGUGCUUUUCUCCAUCGUAUGCACAUGAAUUCAAUUUCAAGAUUUUAAAUAGACUCAAUAAGUUCACUCUUUUUCUUUUGGAGACAAAAUUCAAAGACAUGAAAGAACAAGAACAUGACUUGAUGUUGGAGCUUAACAAUUUCGGAAUUAAUAAUGAUGAUGAUUCGGUUUUGAGAUCAUUGACAAGAAAGCUUAAACUUAUCAAGCACUAUUAUCUUUCAAAACAAGUACUCUUUCUUCUUCUUCUUCCAAUUGAAGCUUCUUUUGAUGAUUCGUUAGAGUUGAGAGUGAAAAAUAAGAAGAAGACUAUGUUCGGAUUGAGGAAUAGGAUUCGAGAAUUGAUGAUCGAAAGGCGAAAUGAGAUUGUUAAGGCUCAAUCACAACAAGGUAAUAAUAAAUUCUCUUUCAUUGAGUUGGUUUCUCUUGAUCUUGAUCAAGAAGAUGAAUUUAUAACACUUUGUAUGAUUCAUAGUGUUAUAAUUGAGAUCGGGGAUCGCCUUUGUUCAAAUCUUUGCGAUCUUAUGUUUGUUGUUUCGGAAAAUUUAUUACUUUAUGGAAAAUGGAAUGUGUUGAAACAAGUACUCAAAUCGCUAAUGCAACAACAUCAUCAAGAGAAGCAUACUAAUGUCAUCAAAAGGAUUCUUUUUGUGAUUGGAAAAGCCGAAAAAGAGCUUAAACAGAUUUUCGAGCCUUUCGAAGAUAAUAGUGAUGAUGAUGAUAAUGGUUUCAGUGAUGAUGAUGAGAGAAAGAUUGAUCAAGCAUUUGACAUGAUCUUGAGGAUAAUUCUGUGUUUGGAUUCAAUUAUAAGGUAUCCGAGUUUGUCUAUAUCAUCGAAACUCGAGAUGAAGAAAGAUCUAAAAUGUGUUAUGAAUGGUGUUAAUGAAUGUAAGAAGGAAUUGGGUAAGAUUAGAUUAGAAGUUUGUGGUUUGAAGAAACAUUUUGUAACUGAAAAGACAAAAGAUGAAGUGUUGAUGCAAGAAUAUCAAACAACAAUGAGAGUUUGGAUUGGUUAAUGCAAUUCAAGUUUGAGUUGAAACAACUUCUUCUUCUGGUUUUGUUAUUGUAACAUUUACUAUUGCUUUGUUAAAUACAAAUUAAAAAACCAAAAUUGAUUCGAAAUUUUAUUGAAACCUAAUCUUUCAAGAUCUCUCAAAGGGUGAACUUUCAAGAUUUGGGAGCAUUUGGUCUCUCAAUUCUUCUGAAAAGUCCCUAUACAAAUGGAAACCCCAAACCUUCUUCGUCCGCUUGGCUGUGAUGAUUAGAGACGAGAACAGGUUAGCGUUAGAGACGGCCUCAAGCUCUCGGCUCUAAUCAUCCAUCUAACAGAUCUCUAACGCAUAGGCCUUAGUACCAGGUGAGUUAAUAUUGAUUUUCAUUACGAUUAACUAAUAGUUGUUGAAGAAUUCAAGCAUGGAGAGGACCGGGACAGAAGGCGUACUUCACCGAACAGCUUCCAAUGAUCAUGAUAAGGUUCUUCUUGAUGUUAAUUCUUUCCUGUUCUGAAGUUAAUUUUAGCCCUUUCCUUUAUCCUUGAUAAAAAUAUAAUUUAGUAACAUAAAUGAUAACAAUUCAAUACAUAAAGUGAAACCAAUGUAGAAGAAUUGUUAACUAACAUUUCUGAAAUAUCUUUUAGAAAUAGCAAAAUCUUGAUAGUUGUAAUUUGUAAGACAAAUAUGAUCUCAUAAAGUGUCAAUAAAAGAAAAAUAAAUUAAAAUUUAUGCUCAAACGACUGAAAUAUCCUUCAAAACAAAACAGACAAAAAAGGUUUCUACCAAAAAAAAGAUUUAGGAAUCAACUGAGUCACUCACUCACUCAACUUCUCUUUAUAGCUUGAUUGUUAAAUAACCAAGUUACAUGAACAAGUUGGGCCUUGUUGCUUUGUAUGUGGUCUUCAACUUCCUGGUUGGUGGCCUAACCUUCUUGAAGACCAAUGGGAACUUGAUUUUCGAGUUGUGGAAUUGCUUGGUGAUUUCUCUCUUGCAAAGCUUAGCAGGGAUAGUUGCAGUCUUGAUGAUUUGGAUGCAAGGAAACCUGACCCUAUGACGAGAAGCCAUCUCGGUGUACAUCUGUUCCACAGCUCCGUUAAGUGUGGUGUCACGGUACUCCUUGUACAUGUUGUGAUAACCAGUUCGACUUUGAUACCUCAACCAGAUACCGAAGUUCUUGAUUGUUGUAGGAUUCUUCUCAAAGAUCU